AUGAUGGUUACAUGCAGUAAGAAGAAAAAACUGAAGAAAGGUAGAAAGAGAAACUUUGUUGAAAUCCCACAAAACCUAGUGAAGGAGAUUAUCAAGAGAUUGCCUGUGAAAUCUGUAGCUAGGUUUCUUCUAGUAUCCAAGUCAUGGGCAAAUCUCAUCACCGGUCAAGAUUUCAUCAGAUCAUUCCCAACUAGGUCUUGUUCGUCUCAGCCUCGUGUCCUAGUCAGUAUCAUUGGUCGAACUACAUCAUGUAAACGCCAAUAUUGCUGCUUCUUCUCGUCGUCUUCCACAUCAACGACUUUUCUGUCACGUGUUGAAUGUCCCCAUGAAGAUCCUGAAAACUUCUUCUACCAUCCUCAUUAUGCUAACGGCUUGAUAAGGCUUGGAUGUGGUACUCAAAAAAUCAUAUGCAACCCUAGCACCGGUAAGCCCAUAACUUUACCAAGAGUCGAAAGCAUAAAAAGGGUCUCCAAAAGUUUGUUCGGGUAUGAUCCGGUUAACGAUGCAUACAAAAUAUUAUGCAUGACGAAAAACCGGGUUAUGAAAUGCAAUUCACCAUCAUAUGAAUAUCAAUAUCAAGUACUGACUUUGGGAGCUGAACAGUCUUCAUGGAGAAAGAUAGAAUGUAGCAUUCCACACCGUUAUUGCUCUAACGCUUAUGUGUGCAUAGAUGGUGUUGUUUACUAUGUUGGUAGUACUAUUAACAGAACAGGUUCUGACUGGGGCUUGAUGAAAUUUGAUUUGAGGUAUGAAAAGUUUGAUCGUCUUACUAGCUUAUCCUCAGACAUGGCACGUCUAGGUGAUGAUUGCGUUUUGAUAAACUACAAGGGGAAAGUAGCCAUAGCCGCUAAUGCUAGAGGAAAUACAUUUAAUGUGUGGGUUAUAGAUCAGGAUGCUGAUCCAAAACAUGGAUGGUUGAAGAAAAGUUUUUGUACUGAAUCUUGGAAAAGUUCAUCAAAGUUAUUCAUAUAUGGCUCUACUCGCACGGGUGAGUUUGUUUUGGCACCAAGAUUCUAUUCUGAUGACUUUAAUGUUAUGCUUUACAAUCCCAACACGGAUGGUUUGAGAAAAAUUAAGGUUGACGUAAAGGAAGGCAACGAGUUCAAGUAUUUUCGUCGUACGAGAGUAAUGGUUUUCCCGGAGUACGUUGAGAGUAUUAGGUUGUUGUAA